AUGGAGUGUGAGAUUGCAUCAAUUGAGAAGAAUGGAGCAUGGGAACUAACAGAUUUGCCAACAAGAGCAAAGAAGAUUGGUGUUAAAAGGGUAUUUAAGACCAAGAUGAAUGAAAUAGAAGAAGUAGACAAAUGCAAAGCUCGUCUUGUAGCGAAGGAUUAUGCUCAGCAAGCUGGAAUUGAUUACACUGAGGCCCCUCGAGCAUGGUUCAACAAGAUAGAAUCAUACUUUUUUAAUGAAGGCUUUGAACGAAGCACGAGUGAUCACACGUUGUUUACAAAGAAGGAAGGGGGAAGAGAUGUUCUUAUUAUGAAUUUGUAUGUGGAUGGCCUCAUUUUUAGAGGAAGCAGUGAGAAAAUGUUCCAAGAAUUCAAGAGCUCAAUGAAAAGGGAAUUUGAGAUGACUGAUUUGGGAUGUAUGAGAUAUUUUCUUGGUGUGGAAGUGACACAAAAUUCAAAUGGAAUUUUUAUUUGUCAAAGGAAGUAUGUCAACGAAGUAUUGGAAAUGUUUGGUUUACAAAAUUGCUCAUCUGUUACUAACCCAAUUGUUCCAGGGUGCAAGCUCACAAAGGAUGCUGGAGGAUUAAAGGUUGAUGCUACCACAUAUAAGCAAAUGGUGGGAAGUCUUAUGUAUUUAACUGCCACUAGGCCAGACCUGGUGUAUGUUGUAAGUUUGGUGGCUCGUUUCCUGGAAGCUCCAACUACUAUGCAUCAACAAACAAUGAAGAGGGUUUUACGCUACUUGAGAGGAACUACUGAAUUGGGGUUGUGUUACAAAAGAGAAGGAGAAGAGAAUUUGGUAGCUUUUUGUGACAGUGACUAUGCCGGAGACCUUGAAGACCGAAAGAGCACCUCGGGGUAUGUUUUUAAGAUGUCGAAUGGAUUAGUUGCUUGGAGUUCUAAGAAGCAGUCUGUGGUGUCACUGUCCACUACCGAGGCCGAAUUUAUUUCUGUAGCAGCUUGUGUUGCUCAAAGCAUUUGGAUGAUGCGUAUACUCGAGAGUUUGGGGGUUAAGCAAAGUAAGUGCAUUAUCUUUUGUGAUAACAGUUCAACGAUUAAACUUUCAAAGAAUCCUGUUAUGCAUGGUAAAAGUAAGCAUAUUCAUGUUCGAUUUCACUUUCUUCGUGAGUUGGCAAAUCAAGGAGAAAUUGAAUUAGUGCACUGUGGUACUAAGAAUCAGUUAGCUGACAUCAUGACAAAAACUUUGAACCGAGAAGUAUUCAUGAAGUUGAGAGAAAUUAAACUGACUAUGAUUCUUGAAUAA